CAACAGGCCAAGCAAUGAGCGAGAAUGCACCUGCCCCUCGUGUGAACAAGGCCAUCCUCGCGCAAUUCGUCGGUCACACCGUGUCCUUGGUCGGCAGCAUCGAAAGCUGGACAGGCUCGCAAGCUGUGCUGAAGACCUCCGACAAUGGAUUUGUGACCGUGCAUCCCCAACCUGGAGCCGAUUACUCGAGUAAAUAUGUCGAGGUUAUUGGAUCUGUCCAACCAGACGGAUCUCUGAAGGAAUUCAAGUGUACAAGCUUCGGUGACGACUUUGAUUUGAAGAACUACGACAAGCUCGUUCAGUUGAUUCACGGCAAAUAUUCCACAUUGUUUGUUUAAUGCAGAUUGACAUUCAUUUAUGUUUCUACUACA